CCGGGUAACCUCUGACCAUCGUCUCCCCAGGGUCUGCGAUGCCGGAGCUCGCUGAGCAGAGCCCAUCCCCAGCGGGCUAAAGCAUGAAGGUCUCCUGCUUGGAAUUCAGCAAGAUCUGCUUUGUCCUGUCCGUGUGCUUGUGUGCCGCUCUCCUCCUGCUUAUUCCAUGGAGGCAACGUGACCUGUCACAGCCUCACCCCGUGCUCACCUGUACAAACACUUACCUGGAGACUCCAGCAGAACCUGCCCGAUUCACCGCCCCGCUCCGCUGGGAAGAAUGGGAGAGCCCCGGCGCGGGGGUGAAAGCUGCCGCUACCGCAGAGGACCGCCAGCUUGCGAAGAAGCCCCUCCGGGUGGAAGACUUAUUUAUUGCAGUAAAAACCACCAAGAAAUAUCACAAAAGCCGUCUGAGCCUCCUGAUGCAAACGUGGAUCUCUCGGGCCAAGUUGCAGACCUUCAUAUUCACCGACUGGGAGGACCAGGAGCUGCGUCAGGAAGCAGGGGAUCAGAUGGUGAACACCAAUUGCUCUUCGGUUCACACCCGCCAGGCGCUCUGCUGCAAAAUGGCGGUGGAAUACGACAAGUUUGUCCUGUCCGGCAAAAAAUGGUUCUGUCAUGUGGACGACGACAAUUAUGUGAACGUGCGCGCUCUGGUGGACCUCUUGUCGGCGCUCUCGCCGAGCCGUGAUGUUUACGUGGGGAGGCCGAGUCUCAAUCACCCCGUUGAAACUCCAGACAGAGUGAAAGGCGAUGGCUCGGUGACCUUGAAGUUCUGGUUUGCCACCGGAGGGGCCGGGUUCUGCAUCAGUCGGGGUCUCGCUCUGAAGAUGAGCCCCUGGGCCAGCAUGGGCAACUUCAUCAGCACGGCGGAGAAGGUGCGACUGCCCGACGACUGCACUAUAGGGUACAUCAUCGAGGGGCUUCUGGAGGUGAAGAUGCAGCACAGUAACCUGUUCCACUCUCACCUGGAGAACUUGGAGAGGCUGUCCCCCGACUCCUUGCUGCAGCAGGUUACGCUGAGUUACGGGGGUCCAGAAAACCAGCGAAAUGUUGUGAGGGUCAGCGGACCUUUCAGUGUGAAAGAGGACCCAACGCGAUUCAAAUCCGUCCAUUGUCUCUUGUACCCGGACACAAGCUGGUGUCCCGACCGGAGGUCUACGUCUCGGUGACGUGCUCUUGGGUCUAGCGACCGACGUUCUAGUUUAUGUCCGUUCUUGGGACAGAUGGUAAGAACGCGGUCACGUGACAGAAGAAAGUGGAUGUUCUCCUGAUCGAUAGAGACGACUUCGCCCCGGGGUAAUGCCUGGAAUCAGACUGGAAUUGUGUAGGCCACGUCUUGAAGAUCCUACACGUCCGCAUGCACUCCAUGAGUGUCCGGGAAUGGAGAAAAUAAAUCUCCAAAAUAUGUUACUUGGGCAGAGCCGGCGACUUCUGAAGAGACAUCUGCCAAUAAUUAGAGCGCUGCUUGGACCCGAGUGCUUGGUUGUUUGGUCCGAGUCGCACCGUGUUUUCCUUUUCUAUUCUACAAUUGAAGUUAUGAUGGUGAAGGACGCCAAGGUGGUCAAGGUCCAUGCGUUUGGGUCGUGUUGCCCGGACCUGACUUCUUCUGACCUGCGCUCAGUCACUGUGACCAAGUCUCCUCGGCUUCAUUCCUUUUCUUGUGUCUAAACUUGUCUCUUUCUUGUAUUUGUCGUAUUUUUAUCGAACCUCUGAGACUUUGCACACUUUUUUAAUUGCUUGCUCCGUACGGAGCCUUUUCAUGGAAUGUGAAUAAAGUUAAAUUCUCGCCGGA